AAUCAUGCUUUCUCCUGCACGCUAGCUACGGACUUUACGGAUUUUAACGUUUUUUUAUCUCAUCGAAAUGAUCUUGCGUUUAUCCUAGCCGUUCAUGAUGACCACCACGACCGGGAAAGGAUUUUGGGACAUUAGCCCGAUACGAAAAGACGAAGCGGAUAAAGAAAACGAUACUCCUGUUUUGAACCUGAUACAAUUUUCCAAGGCUCCUUUUGUGAGUUUUGGGGCAGUGAAGCUCGGGACGUCCAAAUCUGCAGUUUUACGCAUUGAAAACCCAAAUGAAGAUGUCGAAGCGGAGGUGGUAGUUGAGAAAAUAGCAUCAAGUAAAGGGUUUUCUGUGGAUCAUAACAGGUUUACUAUAGAGGGUGACGGAUCGUUCACUUUGACUAUAACAUGGACUCCAGUUGAAGAGGGUGGCGUUCGGGAGCUCAUUAUAUUCAAUGCCAAUGGAGUCGUCAAACAUCAGGCGGUGCUGCUGGGGCGAGCAGAGGCACCCAAGAAGAAAAAGACCCACGCAGCCAGACCCACGCAGCCAGACCCACGCAGCCAGACCCACGCAGACAGACCCACGCAGACAGACCCAGACCCCACACGCAGACCCACGACCCACGCAGCCAGACCCACGCAGCCAGACCCACGCAGCCAGACCCACGCAGCCAGACCCACGCAGCAGACCCACGCAGCCCACGCAGACCACGCACCCACGCACCGACCCACGCACCCAGACAGACCGACCCACGCAGACCCACGCACCCACGACAGACACGCAGACAGACCCACGCAGACAGACGACCCAGACAGACCCAUCAGACUCAUGCCCUCCUCCCAACUCUUGCAGCA